CAGUACAGUUCUAAAACAUUUGUACUUUGAGAGAAAAAAUAGGUUUGUUGUUUGCUGAAAAUGGGUUUCAUGCCCUUUCUCACCUUCAUUUGCAUGCUUAAUUUCCAUCUUUUCCAAACAUUUGCAAGUGAUGGAAGCCCUUUGGAAACAUAUAUAGUGCAUGUUGAUGGACCUGAUGGAGUUCUGAAUCGGCUAGACGAUUUAGAUAGCUGGUACAACACAUUCUUGUCAACAAUCACGGUAGCCUCAGGCGAGCGGAACCGGAGGAUCUACUCGUAUCGUAAUGUGUUCAAAGGUUUCGCUGCAAGAUUAUCAGCAGAUGAGGUGAAAGCCAUGGAGGACAUGCCAGGGUUCAUAUCAGCACGUCCUGAGCGGAAAUUGUCGUUGCACACGACCCAUUCCCCUAACUUCUUGGGGCUAAACCAGAACAUGGGAUUUUGGAAUGAGUCGAAUUAUGGUAAAGGUGUGAUUAUUGGAGUCUUGGAUACCGGGAUUUUUCCUGAUCACCCUUCGUUUAGCGACGAAGGAAUGCCUCCUCCACCGGCUAAAUGGAAGGGAAAGUGCGAUUUCAAUCUCACAACAAAGUGCAACAACAAGAUCAUUGGAGCUAGAUACUUCAAUUCUUUCGAUGAUAGCCCACUAGAUGAUGAUGGCCAUGGCACUCACACGGCCAGCACUGCCGCUGGGAACUUUGUGAGAGGUGCAAAUGUGUUUGGCAAUGCUAACGGCACGGCAGUUGGCAUUGCCCCACUUGCUCAUCUGGCUAUUUACAAAGUAUGCUCCCUUUUCUGUUCUGAAAGCGAUAUACUUGCUGCAAUGGACACGGCUAUUGAUGAUGGGGUCGAUGUACUUUCUCUAUCACUUGGUGGAUUUGCAAAUAGUUUAUAUGACGAUAGCAUUGCGUUAGGCGCAUACAGCGCAAUGGAGCAGGGCAUCCUGGUGAGCUGCUCAGCAGGGAACGCUGGUCCAUAUAACUUCUCGUUGUCGAACGAAGCGCCCUGGAUCCUCACAGUUGGUGCUAGUACUAUUGACAGGAAAAUAAGAGCAACUGCCCUUCUUGGAGACAACCAAACGUUCGAUGGCGAGUCAACCUUUCAACCAAUGGAUUUCCCACCAACACUAUUGCCCCUUGUUUAUGCUGGUAUGCUCAAUACUAGUGAUCCUGAUAUCCAGUUUUGCACCGCAGAAUCAUUGAACGGAACCGACUUACGAGGGAAGAUAGUAGUGUGUGAAGUAGGUAUUACAACAAGAAUUUCAAAAGGAAUAGCGGUGAAGGAAGCUGGUGGUGCCGCCAUGAUUCUGGUAAAUCCUGCAAGGUUUGCGAACCUUACUCUUUCGGAAUCUCAUGUCCUUCCCGCCACGCAUGUUAGUUAUGCCGAUGGAUUAAAGAUCAAGGCUUAUAUAAACUCAACAUCCACACCCACGGCCACAAUUGUGUUCAGAGGAACUAUCAUUGGCGAUGAUCGUGCGCCUGUCGUGGCAGCAUUUUCCUCCAGAGGUCCCAAUUGGGUGAGCCGCAACAUCCUGAAACCCGACAUUUUAGGCCCUGGAGUGAACAUUCUUGCAGCAUGGCCUGUCUCAGUUGAGAACAACACAAACACAAAUGCUACAUUCAACAUCAUCUCCGGUACAUCCAUGUCAUGCCCACAUCUCAGUGGAAUUGCAGCACUGCUCAAAAGCUCGCACCCUGAUUGGUCUCCGGCUGCCAUCAAAUCGGCAAUCAUGACCACAGCCGACGUCGUGAAUCUGGCCCAGAACCCGAUCGAGGAUGAAAGGUUCCUUCCCGCCAACGUAUUCGCCACUGGUUCAGGCCAUGUGAACCCAUCAAGAGCAAACGAUCCAGGACUCAUUUACGACCUCCAAGCGGAAGAUUACAUUCCUUAUCUGUGUGGUCUGAACUACACGAACCGAGAAGUAGGCUCAAUUUUGCAACGCAGAGUGAAUUGCUCGGCCGAAUCAAGGAUACCGGAAACUCAGCUCAACUACCCUUCAUUUGCUCUCACUUUUGGUGUGUUUCAACCAACUGUUCAGACAUAUACCAGGACAGUAACAAAUGUUGGCGAGCCAAAUUCAUCUUACGUUGUCGAGAUCGUCCCACCCCCUGGAAUUGAUGUACUUGUUGAGCCCACAAAGCUCGAUUUCUUGGAGGUUAACCAGAAACUGCAAUAUCAGGUGACAUUCAGCCGACUAAACUCCACCACCAGCAUUGGUUUUGUUCAAGGUUACCUGAAGUGGAAUUCUUCCAAGCGCUCUGUCAGGAGUCCUAUUGCCGUUAUACUCCGAUGAUUGAAGAACCUGGAAGAAUCUUUCUACGAAAAUAUGCCUUCUGUUUAACAAACUGUUCAUGAAUUGUUUGAUGUUGUUAACGGUGAUUAGUAUAGAUAUAUAACCUGGGAUGUUCAUUGUUUAGUGAUUUGCUGCUGAUUUACUCAUCUGGUUUUUGUGUACAUUCAGUAAAAUAAUUCUUGUUCUGUUCAGAUCUCGAUUUCAUGUUUUUUUUGCUGUACUUGUGUUAAUGUUUGUGAAAUAAUUCUAGA